GCACACACAGUCACAGUAUGGAGAGAGCGAGACAGAGGUGGAAGCGGUUUUAACGGAGAGAGCUGACCUCUUUAGUGCGCAGUGAUAGGAGAGUACAACAGCCAGAGCAAAUAGACAUUGUUUAGUGAGACGAGGAUCUCUCAGCGCGGCAUUCUCUUUCACUGAAACCAUCCUGGCAUAUGAGUUCAAGUUGCACGCAGGAGUAGGCUACCAAGUUUCCAAUGGACAUUUACUUGGAGACGGCAAGCAUGGGAUUAUUUCUGUAGCCUAAUGUGGAUUUCCUUGCAAGAAAAUAAAGGUCUGCUGCGGAACAAUGUGAGACGUUUCGCGUCUUGGAUUCUCGUUUUUCUGGAUAUCUUGAAAACCAUUGGCAACAGUUGAGAAAAUAAGAAGUUAUGCGCAAAGGAUUGUACGCUCCGGGACCAAUAUGGAUUUGCCAUUGCCAUUACAACCCCCUACCCCUUAUUUAGAGAAGUUCUAGCCGGUCCACUUUGUGUUGUUGUUUGUUUGUUUGUUUAUAUAAACUUCAUGUUUGAGAACAAAUCGCCACAUUGGCCUCUUGGAUUUUAAAACGUCGCCUGCCUUUGGAUUGGAUUUUCAACACCAUGAACUUUAUUGACAGUUUGACACUAUUAUUUUUGACGCUGUCAGCUGUCAAGAGCGCCCACAUACCGAAGGAAACAGAAAGAGGUCCACAUGACGUGAUCCCUUUAAUGGAGGUGUACAACAAGAGUUUGUGUCAGCCUCGGGAGCUGCUGGUGGAGAUCCUGGAGGAGUAUCCGGAGGAGGUGGAGCACAUCUUCAUCCCGUCCUGCGUCGUGUUGACGCGGUGCGCUGGCUGCUGCAAUGACGAGAUGCUGCAGUGCACGCCAACAUCCAGCUAUAACAUUACAAUGGAGAUAAAAAGAAUAAAACCCCAAAGGCAACAGAACGAUAUUUUCAUGAGUUUUACAGAGCACAGCGCAUGUGAGUGUAGGUUAAAGAAAGAAGUGAAAGAAAAGAAAGAAAAAAAACCCCGGAAAGGCAAGGGUAGAGGCCAAAAGAGAAAACGAAAGAAAAACCGUGACAAAACAAUUCACGAUGCUGUUUGUGAGCCAUGUUGUGAUCACUGCAGCGACAGGAGAAAGCGUUUGUUCGUGCAGGAUCCCGCAACCUGCCGGUGCUCCUGCAAACACACAGAUGAAUACUGUAAAGAACGCCAGCUAGAGCUGAAUGAGCGGACCUGCAAAUGUGACAAGCCAAGGAGAUGAGAGAGGUGACGGCACCAGAUGUACAAGAUGAAGGAAUAUUCUAGAGAUAUUUCACAGCACAGCACUUUGACCUUUGAACCGUAAGCUCUUCUUUUCUGUGGAAAGCAUUCCCCUUGGACUGACUAAGAAGGAACACUAAAAAAAGACUGAACUGAAGUUUCCUCCCACUGUAUAUCUGUGUGUAUAUAGACCAUGAUAAAAGAAAAUAAGAGUACAGAAUUGUUAUGCUGCUACAGAAACAAAACACUAAACCCAUCAUUUGACAAAAAGCAAAUAGCCGCCAUGUGGUUUUGCAUUUCUAACAGGCUUGCGAUGCAGGUGUAGUCUUGUUGUCAAUUCAUUGUAUGCAAUUACUUCACUGGAUAUGAGUCUCUACUGUGGUUGUGUGUCAAUCAUAAACUUGCAAAACCUCUCAAUCUAAGAUAUAUUUAACUGCUAAAUCAGCGGUUGAGGCUGAAGAGGACAUGGGAGCGCACUCUCCUUACAAUAAUGAUGGAUGGAUUUUCGUCGGCCGAUGUCUACUUUUGCUUUUGGAGUACAACAGGAGGACAAUCGGGACAGCUGAAUCUGUCGCUACAUGAUACCGCCUCCUUUCCUCUGAGGACAUUGCAGGACUGAUGUGGACUUACACAAUGUCACCAUUGUGAUCAGCUUGCAGGAGAAGAGACUCCGGAGUGCCAUAUACAUUUAAAGGGAUACUGGUUAUCAAUAUAGCAUCUAAUGUUGUGCUAUGUCCUACAUGAAAACCACUGAAAACAUCCUAUACUGUAGUUUGAUUCCAUUUGAAAAACUGUGCCUCACAUAAUGUACUGAGAAAUCUUUCGAGUGCUUUUUAAAUUAUUUUUUGUUUCUUUUCUUUCUUUUUUCCGGAGAGGGGAUUGUCAAAGUAGUUUUCUUAGUUGUUGAACUCAAUACAGAAUCUAUUGAUUACAUAUCUACUUCUCUGAACUUGUACAUACUUAAUAUCCCUUUAUGCCAUAGUCCAUUCUAGAUAAUUUAUAAUGUUAUAGAGUAUUUUUCAGUAUUCAGUCUUCUACCCAUAUUUAAUUUGGUCUAUUUAUAUAUGCAGUGUUAUGUACCUGUGGCUGUCCUAUCUCCCCCCAUGUGUAAGGUCACUGAUGGCUACUCGCAGCACAGAGUCUCUGUGCUUUUCUAUGAAACAAAAAACAGCAAAAAGAAAAAAAAAAUCAAAAUGAUAUGUUAACAUUCCCUAAAUGGAUCAUUUGUACUGGUGUACUGAUGACAUCUCUGGAUUUUUCAACCCCUCUUAUCUAAGGGUGUGGGUGCUGUGUAGGAUUUUAACAUGCGUUUAUCUGUGUUUUUGUGUACGUGUGUGUGUAUGAGUGUGUGUUCACGUGCAUUUGCCGAUGGGCACAUCUGUGUGUAGGUGUUAGUAAGUUGUAUUUAAGUAUUUAAAUAAGUAGCGGACUUGUGUUUUGUCCGUCCUGCACGAUGCAAAUACAAAUAAACUACUGCUAGCAGCUCAGCAUACACUACCACAACACCACCACCGUUUGGAAUUUGGAUAACAAUCUGCAUCCUUCCUGCCAUCAGUCUUAGAGCCCUCUUUAUUAGUUCUUUGUCUCUCCUUCACUAUUAACAUGUUUUCUGUGUCUAUGUAAAACAGUAAAGCAUAUUUAUUUUCAAAUUAUAUUGUUUUUAUAUAAAAUAAGGAAAAGGUUGCUGUGUUGUGAAUGCUGUGUUUUCAAGAGGUUUAAUUAGGCAACAUGAGUUUUCCAUGUUUUUGUGCGGAAAGUUGAUAGUCACACAUAAGGAUCCCUGCAGAAUGUAAUCUGAAACAAAAAAGAACAGAGAAAUAAGAAAUCCCUGCAGGCUUUUCAUGACAGACAGACAGAGAUUCAGCCUUAUGAAUAAAAUGGCACUUUGAAGCAG